AUCUCUUAUUGUUGCAAUAGAUCAAACAGUAUACCAUGACCAAAGAUGUGUUGAGUGGAACUGUGAACAAUAGUUCAGACUCAGCUGGACUCAAGAAGAGGAAAAGAAAGAGAUCAAAGAAAACUCAUCAGGAAGAACCACAGGUCCAACCGCCACAACCACAGCAAAACGAUCUAGCACAAGACAAGAAAAGAGUUAAUAAAAAGUUAAAGUUCGAAGAAGAGGAAACAGACGUGGUUGUUUCGGAAUCUCCUAUAGAGAGGGAACAACCAGAAAGUGGACACAUACAGGAACUUAAUAACUCACACACUCACAAGAAAACUGACACUCACAAACACAAGCAUAAGCACCUUGAAGAAGUCGAACACGAGCAUAAACAUGAACACCAACACGAACACAAACACGAGCACAAACAUAAGCAAAAGCAUAAACCAAAAGUGGUCAAAUUCACCGAAAAAGAAGAAGAAGACGAUGAAGACGACUUUUCCAACAAGUUCACAUUCAACACUACAAAACAACUAACUGAACGUGCCAAUGAACUCUUGCAGAUUCGAAAACAAUUACCAAUUUACAAACACCAUGACAAGAUCUUAUCCUGUAUUAAUUCAAACCAAGUCACUAUUGUUAUUGGUGAAACUGGUUCCGGUAAAUCCACCCAAAUACCGCAAUUCUUAAUGAACGAAAGUAUGAAGAUGAUUGGGGUUACUCAACCAAGAAGAGUUGCUGCUGCAUCUUUAGCAGCAAGAGUCAGUGAAGAGCACGGAUGUAAAUUGGGCCAAGAUGUAGGUUAUCAAGUUCGUUUCACUAAUAUGACUCUGAACAAGACAAAGUUAAAGUAUCUUACUGACGGUAUGUUGCUACGUGAAAUCAUGUUGGAUAAUAAGUUGACCAAAUAUUCAAUCAUUAUUCUAGAUGAAGCCCAUGAAAGAACUAUUUUGACUGAUUUGAUUAUGGGGUUUCUUAAACUGUUGUUGUUGAGCGGCGAAAGACCAGACUUGAAAGUGGUGAUUAUGUCGGCUACCUUGAAUGCUGAGUUAUUUAGUAAAUUCUUCAAUAAUGCCCCUGUUUUGUUUAUUGAAGGUAAAAUGUACCCUGUUAGUCAAUACUACUUGGAUGACGAUUCUUCCGAUAUUGUCGACACCAUGAUUAGAACAAUCAUUCAAGUAAAUCUUAGUGAGCCUGAAGGAGGAGAUAUUCUUUGUUUCUUAGCCGGUCAAGAAGAAAUUGACAAUUGUGUAAAAGUAUUACAAGAUAUUGCACCACAAUUACCUAAACAGGCACCUUUGAUUGUACCAUUACCAUUAUAUGCCGCCCUUUCACCCAACCAACAAUCAAAAAUCUUUGAAUCCUUACCUAAACAUCAAAGAAAAGUCAUUCUUGCCACCAAUAUAGCAGAAACUUCCAUUACUGUAUCUGGUGUCAAAUAUGUUAUCGAUUCCGGAUUGCGUAAAGUCAAGGUAUGGAAACACAAUCUUGGUCUUUCCACAUUGUUAACUACCCCCAUUUCGCAAGCAUCAGCCAAGCAAAGAGCUGGUAGAGCCGGGAGAGAAUCCGCUGGUAAAGUCUUUAGACUCUAUUCUGAACCAGUGUUCUCCACUCUUCCACAACAGCAGGAAUCAGAAAUUAAAAGAAACGACAUCAUUUUACCAGUGCUUACAUUGAAGAAAUUGGGCAUUGAUGACUUGUUGAACUGGACAUGGUUGGAAUACCCGGGGCAAGACUCGAUCUUGAAUGCAUUGAAUUCAUUGUAUACUCUCGGUGCUUUGAAUGACCAGGGGAAGGUUACUAGCUUAGGGUACAAAAUGAGCAUUUUGCCAUUGACACCACAAUUAUCAGUGGUUUUGUUAACUGCUGUAGAACUAGGUGUGGUUUCCGAAGUCAUCGACAUUGUCUCUUGUCUAAGUGUAGAUAAUUUGGUUUUGAAUGUCACGGAGGAAGCGAGAGAUGAGAUUAAUUUCAAAAGAAGGAAUUACUGUCCCUUGGGUAUUCAAUAUGGUGAUUUGAUUUCUAUGUAUGAAUUUUUUAACAAUUUCCAAAAAUUAAGUCCUGGCGAGGCCAAGGAGUGGUGUCAUGAAAUGAUGUUUAGUUACAAGGGGUUUAAGAAUGUGAUUAGAGUCAAGAAUCAGUUGAAAGAGUAUAUGUAUACCACUAUCAAACAGGACGACAGUUUGACCAAUGACCAAAAGGAUAUGGAAUUGAGCAAGUUGAAAGCACAAUUUGAGAAGGAAGACGAAGAGGAUGGUGUAACUGAAGGAAUCAAUAUUCCUAACAUAUUGAAAUCGUUCUUGAAGGGAUACAUAACCAACACGGCCGUAGGAAUGCCCGAUAGAUCAUUUAGAACAUUCAAUACCGGCCAAUUAAUCAGCAUUCAUCCAUCAUCUACCUUAUUCGGUAAGGCCAACAUUGAUGCCAUAAUGUAUAUUGAAUACGUUUAUACCAUGAAGAGUUAUGCCAGAAACUGUUCAAUUAUAGAAUUAGCAUGGUUACAAGAAAUUGCACCCAAUAUCAUCAGUAAAAUUAACAUUAAUGAAUAAUUUAUAGAAUCUAUAGACAUUUACAAUACUUGUUGUACAGCCUUGAUUACAGAAUCAAACACUUGCUUGUUUCCCGCAAUAACACCCUUGGAUUGAAGGGUUCUUCCAGUUCCAAAAUUCAAAGGAUUGCCUUCAAUAUCACCUACUUGUCCACCACUUUCGUAAAUUAAAAUGUUACCAGCGGCAUGAUCCCAAAUCUUUUCCCGGUAAGUGUCACUUACAGGCAAUCUUAAAUAGAUGUCCGAUUGACCCGAGGCUAAGACACAAUACUUGACUUGAGAAUCUAAGUUAAUGGCUGGGGUAGUUAUGCCCAAAAUUUGUUUAAUUUGUGCUUGUGUGGAGUGGGACGAGUGUCCCUUUUCAACACCUUCUACUACUUUCAAUUCACUUGGGUUGGAAGUUGAUUUCAUUGAGAUUUUUUGUUGCUGAUCCAAAGGUGUGAAUCCCUUGGUGAAUAAGGCACUAUAGUAAGAUCCAACACCCUUCACAGCUGAGUAUAACCCGCCGACAAUUCCUUCAUGUUUAUCAUUGGAAUGGAUGAUUUGAGGCAAGUUAGGACAUCCAAUAACACCCAACACAACUUUUCCGUUUUCAAUAAGAGCAAGACAUACUGCGAAUUGGUCACCUCUAAGGAACCCCUUGGUACCAUCGAUAGGAUCCAAGGCCCAGAAUCUACCAGUGGAUCCACCUUGAGAAUCACCGAAAUCAAUACUGGUUGUGAUUUCCUUCAAAUUGGAUAAUUUACCAAUCUUGUCAUCAUAUUCGGAGGUUUCUUGCUGCACUUGAUUGAUCAAGUCAAGAAUUUGACUUGUUAAUGGAGAAUCCUGCAAAUCUUGAGAGUCUUCUUCACCGACAAUUUCAUCGUUGGGGAAGUUCAAUUUGAUGGCAUGGUUAACAAUGGCCUGUGAUGCAAAAUCGCCAACUGUAACUGGUGAUUUGUCAUCCUUGGUAAGCGUGCCUGAUUGUUGCAAUGUAACGAUGGAAUCGCUUAAUUUCUUGGUAAGAAUCGAGGCUCGUUUCACGGCCAACGUGGCGAUUUCUAAUUCUUUAGCAUAUGGAUGAGUUGAAGUGGCCAUCUUGCGAAUUGUGAAGAUGGGCAAUCGGAAAUAAGCUAAUGAAAUCAAAACAAGAACAAGAAGAUACUUCCAACGAUUGAAGAUCAUUGGUGAU